AUGAAGAAACCACGUAUUGCUGUUAUCGGGGCUGGUUCGUCGGGUUUGGCGGCAACAAAACAAUGUCUCGAUGAUGAACUGGAACCCGUUUGUUUCGAGCAAAGCUCACACACCGGUGGGCUUUGGAAAUAUGUGGAUAUUGACAACACAGAAAACAAAGAUCCUCAUUCGUCAAUAUUUAAAAGUGUUAUAAUUAACACUUCUAGCAAAAAGAUGACCUUUUCGGACUUUCCGAUUCCUCCAGAAUGGCCAGUAUAUUUGCAUAAUUCGCUUGUCGCUAAGUACUUUGACAUGUACGCCGAACACUUUAAUCUUUUAGCACACAUCAAAUUCAAUACCACUGUAAUCAACGUGUCAAUUCUUCCGGACAAACGUUGGAGAGUAAGAUAUGUAACCCGCGGCGAAGGGAAUGAUGAGGAAAAAGAAGAUAUUUUUGAUUAUGUGAUGGUCUGCGCGGGCCAUCAUCGUUUUCACAGAUGGCCAAAAUAUAAAGGAAUGGAUGUAUUUAAAGGCGAACAAAUUCAUUCCCAUUUUUAUAGACGUGCAAAAUAUUUUGAGGACAAACGCGUUCUAGUUGUUGGCGCUGGAAAUAGCGGACUUGAUAUCUCGGUUGAGUUGUCUUAUGUUGCGUCACAAGUCUAUUUAUGCGUUCGCCGAGGAACAUUACCUUGGAUCUUUCCUCACAUUUUAAACGGGAAACCGCUUGAUUAUUACUCAAGGUUUUUCGGAACCAUGCUGCCGUCCUCUCUCAUUAGCGCUUACUACAAAAAAUCCAUUAAAAAUACCCUAGGUGAACUUCCCCCCGACAUAAAACCCAAGGAACCGAUUUUCUCAUCUCAUAUAACAAUGAAAUCUUCUAUUUUUGAGCGAAUCAUAAGUGGUACCCUUAUCGUUAAGAAAAAUAUUAAGGAACUAAAAUCCGAUAAAAGUAUUGAAUUUGUGGACGGAAGCAUUCUUGAAGACAUUGAUGUGAUCAUCUAUGCUACGGGAUAUAAUAUCGAAUUUCCGUUUUUGGAUAGAAAUAUUGUGUCCGGUGGUGAGGAGAUCGAGAAACAGUUUGAUGAAGAAUAUAGGGAGAAUUUGGCCUGGAUGUAUAAAAUGAUUUUUCCCCCAAAGUACCCAAAUAUAGCUUUUAUAGGUUUGGUCCAACCUGAUGGGCCCAUCUUUCCUGUCGCCGAAAUGCAGUGUCGUUACGUCACGAGUCUAAUUAAGGGCUUCGUAAAGCCAUUGCCAUCUCCUUCAGAAAUGGAAAGAUGCAUUCGUAAGAGCCAAGAGAAAAAUCUAAAGCAAUUCUAUUCCUCCGCACGGCACACAGUUGAAGUCAAUUUCAUCACUUAUAUGGAUGAACUGGCUGAAGAUAUCGGUUGUUAUCCUUACUCCCUUGCAAUUCUAAGAAAAUAUGGGUUUGGAGUCUGGAAGAAUGUACAUUUUGGCCUAUUCAACCCAAUACAGUACCGUUUACUCGGAAGGCAUUCGUGGGAAGGCGCACCGGAAGCGAUAUUUCUUUAUAACACCGUUGAUCCCAAGAUUGGAAAAACUCUUAAAAACAACGAAAAGACCAAAAAUCGUUCGAAUGGUAAAUACUGGUUGUUGUUGACCUUGAUUGGUUUGAUGGUGGUGAUGAAAAAAACGCGUGCAUUAGAAACAGUUACGGCUUUUGGCAAAAAAUUAAUCGGAAAUCAAUAA